UGUGGGAAAGUUGAGGAGCAUGAUGGUGGCCAGUUCCUUGAAUUAUCUGGGGAUGUUUACUAUCUUCUAGGCAAAGAUGAGCAAGGUUCCGAUAUAUCCACUCUGUUCAUCUGUGAAUGUUAUCACCACCUGAGUAAUAUUAUUUUUGAGAAUGAAAAUAUCUGUCGUUGGCAUAUUACUGUUGUAUAUUACAGACUUGACAAGUCUCUGAUCCUUUUCAGUGAGAAAGGUGCUUUCAAUCAUAUCAAAGACAAUAUUCAUGCAUUCAAAGAUUACUUGGCAAAUGAAGAAAAACGUCAUUAUAGUAGCUUUGACAAGCUUGGAACAACUACCCGGUAUAUGCCAGUAUGGUCUUGGGAAGAGAUCAAUGCAUGCAGGAUUAAGUUUUUCCAUAAUCUUACUCAAGGACAUCAAAAUCUUCUUCAAAGUGUAAUUAAUUCGGUUAACGAUAAUUUGUUAAAUUUUGUUGGUGAGACCACAGUCGACAAUAGCGCCAGUUAUAAGAUUGUUCAUAUCUGUACGAACAUAUCAAAAGGAGAGAAUGGAGAAGAAGGAGAUGAAAGUGUAGGGGAUAUGGAAAUAACGGAAGUAGAAAAUAAUCCUGGAGAGCCUUCUACGUCACAAUCUUUCGCAGUAACUAGAUCAGUAACUAGACCAGAUAAAAGAAAAAGUGUUAUAGGAAAUAGUGAUCCUUUCUAUUCAAUGUCAACUUUAGAGUUUGCAUUCGAUUAUGUUUCUAAAGAGGUAAUGAACAAACUCAUUAAGAAUUAUAGAGAUCAGUUGGAGAAUUUCAUAAAAGCUAGUUUAUCAAUUAGCGAUUACAGUACACUCCAGGGCACUAUAUUCGAACAGAUUGCUCACAGAAAAUUAUUAAAAGGAGGAUCAUUUAAUGCUUGCCCUUUAUUUGCAUCAACAGUUUUCUGCUUUGGAAUGUACAAUUCAAAACUGUCAACACCCACUCAGAACAAACGGCUGUUCAGUAAUAUUAGUGAGAUUGUUUGUAAUAAGUAUUGUAUUCCAACUCAAAAGAAUAACACAUCUUUUGAUGUGCUCAUUUUACCCAAACAUUCUUCCAGAUGA